AUGAGGAGGGCUUGGCCGGCCGUCUGCGUUGUGGCCGCGACCCUGCUCGCAGUCGUCGUGCUCUCCGCCGCCCGGGAUGGCUAUGGCUUGCCGAUGGUACCCAGCAGCUGGCUCUCAGUAGAAGAUGUACCUCCGUCCAACCUCACCACCGACCAGCUCCUGGACGGUCUGCUCACCGCAGAAUUUGGCUCGCGCUCAUGCCGGAGCCGCGAAAACUGCCGCUACCUGGUCCCCAUAAGCUAUCGAGGCCUCGGGAACCGGAUGCUGUCCACAGUGUCAGCCUUCCUCUACGCUGUGCUCACCGAGCGCACCCUCCUCGUCCAGCACGACAUGGCCGCCCUCUUCUGCGAACCUUUCCCGGGGACAACGUGGCUGCUCCCGUCCUCAGGCUGGUUGGGUGGUGGCUUCCCGCUUGGACACCUCAAGAAAUACGGCAAGGACUCCAAGGAGAGCCUUGGCAACAUGCUCAAGGCCAAUGUGGUAUCCGUGGGCGACAAUGGGAACGCGUCGUGGUCGGACUCGGACCGGCCACCGUACGUCUACCUACACCUGGAUGGCGGCUACGGUUUCUACGACAAGCUCUUCUACUGCGACGAGCAGCAGCGGCUCAUCCGCGGCGCGCCGUGGCUGCUGAUGAGGACAGACAGCUACCUCGUCCCCGGGCUCUUCCUCGUCCCAUCUUCCGGGACGAGCUGGAGCGGAUGUUCCCGGAGAAGGACGUCGCGUUCCACCACCUCGGUCGAAAUUGUCAAAUUUGCCAGCCACGAGGGGUGGCAGAAGAUGUGGGAUGCCUCGCAGGACAGGAAGGCGUUGAGCGAGAUGUACCUGCUCAGCACCUGCGACGUUCUCGUCACCACCGGGUUUUCCACCUUCGGCUACGUCGCGCAGGGGCUCGGCGAGAUACUGCCAUGGAUCAUGCCCGCCACGCCCUUCUGGUCCACCGAAACGGGGGUGGUACCAGACCCGCCGUGCAUGCGAGCCAUGUCCGUCGAGCCUUGCUUCCACUCGCCGUCCAACUACGACUGUGCGGCCAGGAAGGAUGUGGACGUGGGGACACUUGUGCCGUACAUCCGGCAUUGUGAGGAUGCAAGCUGGGGGCUUAAACACCACCAUACGGAAGUCGGGCCCGCACCUAAACAAUCUGUCUCUUUGACCGUUAACUAA